AUGGAAACGGGACAGAUGCCGAUUUCAAGUAGCAAAUCCCCAGACGGGGGCCUCGAGGCAUGGCUUGUGGUCUUGGGCGCGUGGUGUGCCUCAUUCUGCUGCUUUGGCUGGGUUAAUAGCAUCGGAGUGUUCCAGGCAUACUUUCAGAGCGAUUUGUUGAAAAACUACUCUCCAAGCACUAUUUCAUGGAUUCCUUCUCUCCAAAUCUUUUUUAUCAUGGGCCUUAAGGGCCCUGUAGUUGGGAAGCUCUAUGAUAACUAUGGUCCUCGUCGCACCAUUCUCGUUGGAACCUUUAUGCACGUUUUCGGCCUCAUGAUGACCUCUCUCAGCAACAGUUACUAUCAAGUCCUCUUGGGACAGGGAGUUUGCUCUGCAAUAGGCGUUGCCGCUGUCUUCCAUCCUGCCAUAAAUUCAGUCCAUGGGUGGUUCGACCGUCAAAAGGGAACUGCGUUUGGUAUUUUAUCCACAGGCUCAAGUAUCGGCGGUAUCAUCUUUCCUAUCAUGGUCACUCGAAUAAUUGAUAAACAAGGCUUUGGCUGGGCCAUGAGAAUCUCUGCGUUCAUGAUUCUUGGUCUCCUACUCAUCACGAACCUCACCAUCCGGAACCACAAUCCACCACAGCCUCAAAAAUGGACCAGCGCUCAAUUCCUUCGACCUAUGCGCGAGCCUGAGUUUAUUUUACUCGCUUGUGGAUUCUUCUGUCUAACAUACGGAGUAUUCAUCCCAAUCAACUAUCUUCCAACUCAAGCUCAAAGUGUUGGCGUGAAUCCAAAACUCACACAAUAUCUGGCAUCAAUCUUAAACGCCGGCAGCCUUUUUGGCCGACUAUCUUCGGGCAUCUUGGCAGAUAAGAUCGGUCGAUAUAAUACUUUCAUCAUCGUCUGUUACCUUACCACAAUAUGGAUCCUAGCACUAUGGAUCCCCACCAAUACACAGCAAGCUAUUAUAGCCUUUGCCGCUCUCUUUGGCUUUAGUUCUGGAGCUUACAUAUCACUUAUAUCGCCUCUCGUCGCGCAGGUGUCAUCUUUGCACGAGAUUGGUCUUCGUACUGGCUUGAUUUACUUAGGGUGUGCGAUAGGCGGCUUAACUACGAAUCCUAUUAGCGGAGCUAUAGUUUCUGGGUCUCUUGGUUGGACUGGACCAAAGGUCUUCGCAGGCCUAUUCUGCUUUGUUGGAACUACAUCCAUCUUGAUGGCACGGGCUCAAUGUACAGGAUGGAAGGUAGGAGUGGUAUUCUAG